UGUGUGUGUGUGUGUGUGUAUGUGCGGUGAGAACAAGGUCUGUCAUGCAUGUCAGGUUGUGUGAGGAAGUUUUGUGUUUGUUCGACUGAGUUGAAGGGAGGAGGCAGUUGGGAGGGGAACCGAUUUGGCUUCCAGUGAGGACAUGUCAGAGGCAGGAAUUUAGGUGUGCACUGACAACAACUCAUCAGGACGCAAGAGAGGAAUAUUUGUAGGUUAGUUAGCUUUAGAUGUUACGUUAUGGAGGCUUUGGACAGCAGUUUGACUGUUAAGAAUGAUGUGGCGGCGACUAUGUGUGUGGCGCACAGAGCAAACGCUGCAGGAAAGGAAGACUCAGCAAACAACAGUCUGGACCCUGUGGACAAUGCAAACACAGUGAAAGGUAGCAAAGAUAAGGAUGUGAGGGACAAUGCAGAGAGCGCUGACACCGUCGCUGCAGAGGACAGCGCAGACGCAGCCGAUGUUAUAGACAGUAGGGGUGUGGAAAUAGAUGACAUCAUGGACAGCAUGGAUCAAGGUGCCAAGGACAACAGUAAUGGCUGUGAGAGCGACGGCGACAGCACCAAUGAGGAAUCUUGUCUGGAGGCCAUGACCUCUGACGGGCAGGACUACUACCUGAGGCUCGGGGACACCCCUCGGCGGCGCUCUGCCCUGCGCCUCUCGCGCAUCAUUGCCCGCAAGCAGCUUCUACGGAGGCUGUCACAAGAGAUUGAGGCUAAGGAGGCUUGUGAUUGGCUUCGAGCAGCAGGAUUUCCACAGUACGCCCAGCUCUAUGCAGAUUCCCAGUUUCCUGUUGACAUUUCCUCUGUGAAAAGGGACCACGACUUUUUGGAUCGGGAUCUAGUAGAGCCUCUAUGUCGACGUCUAAAUACAUUGAACAAGUGUGCCUCCAUGAAACUGGAUGUUAGCCACCCCAAGAAGAAAGGGGAUGACUCUGAUGAAGAUGACCCAUUGGCUAUCAGUAAAAGGUGGACGUUCGAGUGGAGCAGCAGACGUUGGUCGCGCCUGCAAGACUUCCUGUUGGACAGCGCCACUGAAAUCAGCCCGACAGGUCCGGGGGAGGGUCUGCUGCGCAGCACAAUGAGCAUUGAGAGUGUGCUGACAGACCUGAGCGAACAGGAGAUCACAGAAAUCUCCUCGUUGCAUAGUGAGGACUCCGCCUCUGCCAUGCCUGACUCUAUAUCUAUGGCAUCUCUCUCUGCUUCCUACCAUCCCCCUCGGGAUCUUCCACACUACAACUCCCUGCCAAUGAAGAGCAGCCGUCAUGGGCAAGGAGGGCGGAGUAAAGCCAAAGAUUUUUUGCGUCGCAUGGAAAUAAUGCGCACUUGGGGGCCGUCGACAAAGCGGAAAGGCUCAAAUCGCAGAGCACCUCUGGUCAUCGGUGAGCCGGUGUUACAGGGGGAGGAGCCUCACGCACUGCAGAUGCUCCAGUGUACUCCCAUCAGCCAACUAGAACACAACCACCAAACUGAUGGGGACACCUCCUCUGUCUCGCUUACCAAUGACUGUAAAGACCAGUCCACGGGGAGUCCCAUUAGUGAGACAGUGGCGCCCAAUGCGAAGGAGCCUGUGUGUGCAAAACACCGCACCGCCAGCAAGAGAAGCAGCAUGUAUCUGGAGGACAUUGAGCUGCUUUCUCAAGGUAAGAGGACUGAAGGACAGAGCCAGUUUGGCAGAAACCAGUUUCACUCAUAUGAAAACCUCCUUGUUCACAUCCCCAAAGACCAUAAGCCCGGCACCUUUCCAAAGGCUCUGUCCAUAGAGAGCCUAGCACCUUUCCCUGGUGACGGACAAUGUGGCCCCCAGACACGGGCCCAAACCUCUCCACCCAACAAUGGCCCAGGUGAGCCCUGGUCUAGCAAUCCUCUGUCUAAGCCCCCCUGUCCUGGAGCUCCACGUGGCAGCAGGGUGAGUGUUUAUGACAAUGUCCCGGGCUCCCACCUUUACGCCAGCACAGGAGACCUGAUGGACUUGGAGAAAGAGGACAAUCUGUUCCCUCACCUAGAUGACAUCAUCCAGCACGUCAGCGGUUUGCAGCAAAUAGUGGACCACUGGAGCCGCAGUGUUCUGCCUGAGGAUGAGACGGGGGAGGGGGAGGAGGAAGGGGAGGGCAGGACCACCACCAGUGAAGGCGAGAGAGAUGGGGUCUUCUUGGUUGACAAUGAUUCGACAGGAACCAGUCGGGAGAGGCGGGACUCUGGAGUUGGGGCCUCACUGACAAGACCACGUCUACGAUGGCCCAGCUUCAGAAGCUCUGAUCAUCUCAAGCAGCCGGCAUCUUCACUGCAGAUCAGUAGCCAAUCAGCGGGCCAGCUGAGCCUGCUGCAGAAGUUCUCUUUGCUCCGCCUCACCGCCAUCAUGGAGAAAUACUCAAUGUCUAAUAAACAUGGCUGGACAUGGUCUGUGCCCAAGUUUAUGAAGCGCAUGAAGGUGCCAGACUACAAAGAGAAGAGUGUGUUUGGUGUUCCUCUCAUCAUCCAUGUCCAGCGCUGUGGUUUUCCGCUCCCUCUGUGUUUACAACAGGCCCACAGCCACCUCAGAACCCACUGUCUGGACCAGGUGGGAUUGUUCCGCAAAUCUGGCGUGAAGUCCCGUAUUCAGGCUCUGAGGCAGCAGUGUGAGUUGUCCCCUGACUAUGUGAGCUACGAGGACCAGUCCGCUUACGACGUGGCCGACAUGGUUAAACAGUUCUUCAGAGACUUGCCAGAGCCUCUGCUAACAAGCAAGCUGGGGGAAACCUUCCUGCAUAUUUACCAGUAUGUCCCAAAGGAGCAGAGGUUGCAGGCCGUCAGAGCGGCCAUCUUGCUGAUGCCAGAUGAAAACAGGGAGGUUUUGCAGGCGUUGCUCUACUUCCUGCGUGACGUGACUUUGUUGGUAGAGGAGAACCAGAUGACGCCGAUGAAUCUGGCUGUUUGUCUGGGACCUUCACUCUUCCACCUCAGCAUACUGAAGAACGAGUCGCUCUCACCAAGGUCAAUCCAGAGGAAGUACACCACGGGCCGUCCCGAUCAGAAAGACCUGAGUGAGAACCUGGCAGCCACCCAGGGUCUGUGUCACAUGAUCACCGAGUGCCAGUGUCUCUUUCAGAUAACAGAGGAGAUGGUGACCCAGUCUCGCAACUCCUAUAUGGAGGCUGAGCUGAUGGUGCCCCCGUUGGAUGAGCUGUGCAAGGCUCACGAGGAGGAAGUGGAUGAGGACGAGGAAGAGGAGGAUGAGGAAGGAUCCUAUCAUACACACCUAGAAAGGCUAAUCCAGAACCUGCUGGAAGAGGCCAAAGAAAAGAGCAAAGGCUGGGUGUCUCGCUCGACAACUGACCAUACAGAACUGGCAUUCAAAAAGGUGGGAGAUGGAAACCCUCUGAGGCGAUGGCGAGUGUGUGUUGAGGUGUCGGCAACUCCAGAUGAGGUGCUGCAGCGGCUGCUGAGAGAGCGCCCCCAGUGGCAAACGGACCUACAGCAGGAGAAGGUUCUGGAGAUGCUGGAUAAACAGACAGACGUGUACCAGUACUCCUACUACAAUAUGGCACCGCAACCCAGCUGUGACUAUGUGGUACUCAGAUCGUGGCGUACAGACCUAUAUAAAGGCUCCUGUGCGCUGGUGUGUGUGUCCAUCGAACAUGAUGACAGCCCAAGCACGGGAGCAGUGAGGGGGGUGGUGCUGGAGUCACAGUACCUCCUGGAGCCCUGUGUGACUGGGAGGACCAGACUCACACACAUCUCCAGAGUGGACCUCAGGGGAAGAUCUCCAGAAUGGUACAACAAAGCAUUUGGUCACCUGUGUGUUAAUGAAGCUCAGAGGAUCCGAUCCUCUUUCCAGUCGCCAGAUCAGACGAGCCCUGAGGCCAAGAGCUGAACCCCAGACAUCAAGCUUCAUCUGAGGUCCCACUGCCAGAGCAGCUGAGCCUGAGAAGCCCAGAGGGUAAUCAUCCAGGCAGUGGACUUUAGUACCUCUUCCCACUGCUGAGCCACACUCGGCUGUAUUGUAGCAUACUGUACUGAGUUACCGUCAUUCAGAGAAAAGGGAUUUUUUGCCAUGUAUUCCAUAAAUUCUGCAUAACAACAUAUCGCCACUUAUUUAUCCCAUACAUUUUGAAUUGUCAUUGUCUUCCCCACUAAGGAGACGUUGGUUUCCAAUUCCAAAUAUGUAACAGCUAAUUUGAUUUUCUUUUAAUAGAUAUAGAUAUUGAUGUUUCAUAUAAUAAUCUCACAACCAUGUCCAUUUUUGAGGAGUUGUGGAGACAGAGCGUAUUUUCAGUAUUGAUCUGGAUUCUUCUUCUCAAUCCUCGUCUACUAAUCCACUAUCUUGCAAACAAGGAAACAGACACAAUUUUUGUUUUAUUGACAAGACCCUAAAAACCAGGACACAUACACUUCAGAUCUGCUUUUAUCACAUUCAAUCAAAAAUUACAUGAAAUAAACAACACAGCAAAUCAACCAACCAAAGAAUUGACAUUCAUUGUGAGGACAUUCAGUCCUCAAAUGAGUCUUAAUCCUGCUUUUAAUAAUCUUGCAUGUUUAUAAAAUAAUCAAAUUUUAUCUUUCUCUGUAAUUUUUGUCUGAACAAAUUAUGUCGGUAUGCACAUUUAUAAAAGGCACUUGAUUAUGAUGGAGCCUUCCUCAGAUGAAGAUCCAUAAAUCCAAGUAGUCCGAAAAAUAUCCCUGUUAUUUGGAAUGACCAGGACCAGUACAGUGUGGCUACGUGUCAUCAUUACAUUGUGAAACGUGCACUAUAGCUCAAGCACAAGCACAUGAGGGAUCUGGAUCACACAAAAGGGCAAAGAUUCAUCAGGUCCAUACAUGUGCUGAUAUGGAAACAUUGUGUUGGAUAUCACUGUUGAUUUACUUAUGUCACUAUUCUCAGUGUUAAUCUUAUCUAAAUGUUAUUUUAAAGUUAUCAUUGUCAUUAUAUACAUGUAUAUUGUAUCACCUUUUUUUGCUGUCAUGUUAUACAAUGUCUAAGACAUGUGACCAUUUCACUGCUUCCGGGAAGCAUGUUUGAAAUUGUGUGUGUGUGUGUGUGUGUGUGUGUGUGUGAGUGCAUGGAUGCGCCCGUGUAUCUGCACUUUAGAUAUACGAACAGCCUUUAUUGUAAAUAUAGAUAUGCCGCUUUCUGUGCCAGCAGAUCAACCAUCAUAGCUUUUCAGGGUCUUCCUAUCAUAUUGAUAUGCUGAAAUGUGAACUUUCCAUAAUUCGCCAUCCUACUACAGCAAUAGCAGAAUACAACUUGCUCUGCCAUGGCACUGCCUUGGCUUAUAUCUGUCAUGUUUCGGCUGUAGGAGUUGCUAUGGUGUUGCUAUGAUACAAUAUCUCUACAGUGCCACCAAAAUCCUGCGUGGAUGCUGUUUGCUGGUGUGCCAAGUGUGUGUGUUUGUGUAAAUAUGUGUGAGAAAGACAAAGAGUGAGUGAGUGACUUUGACGUGAGCCCUCGGCUGUGUGGGAAGAGGCUCCAAACCCAUCUGAGUCGCUGAGACCAGGGUGGUUAUUUCUGACAGUGACAGAAAACAGAACCAUUGUUACUAAACAAGAUAAUAAAACAUCUAAGAAUUC